AAGAAAAAUGGUGAAUAUUUUAACCAUUGCAAGAAUGCUGUAACAUUAAUGAUGAAGUCAUAAGCAUUUUCAGAUUGAUUGUUCCUCCUUUCAUCUUUGGCAUUUCUUGCAUAAGGUUUGCUUCAAUUCUGCGUUGACUUUCUACUACUCUCUACAUUAUUUUUCCUUUUUGUUCUUUUUUAGAUUGAUUGUUCCUCCUUUGUUCAUGAACCACAUUUCUCUUCCACUGACCCCCAUAUCUACUACGGCUAGAUCUGCGUCCUAAGAAGCCGGCCUGAUCCUCCCUCUUGUUGCCUUUGUUCUUGCCGAUGAGCAUUCUGGUGCUUCCCCCAUCGGCCCUAGUGGAGGACAUUUCUGGUCAAUUGUUUGUGGUUUUGGAUACUGGAUAGCGCGGCUAUGGAUCUGGAUGGAGGAGGUGCCGCUUCCGUGAACAACAACAGGGUUACCGUGCCGGCUGGGGCUGCAAGCGUCGGACCUGAUGCUGUGGCGUCUCUCUAACAGGUGAAUCCAAUGGGCUGCAUGUUGAUGGCUUGGGGUUCGGCUAAGGCCACAGCUGGCCCAGGAGGGCCUUUAAGCCCAACAUCUAAGGCGUUUUGGGAGGCCGGCAUAGAGGAAGACGUGCGUUUUAUUUUUUAUUUUUUAUUUUUAUGAAGAAAGAAAAAACACGGAUUCCCGUCUGGCGCCUGGGCCUUCCUCCAACUGACACCUGUCAUGCACGCUCAUGCAUGUGUGUAUAAACUGGUGAGGAAUCCGCAGUGCGAAGACUACAGAGUCCCCCGGCGCCAACAUUUGGAGCUCGCAUUCCGGUGCUGUUCGAGGAAGACCUCCUCAGAAAAGAACACCGAAUCAGUUCCAUGGCCAAGUCUUUUUCACGAAACGCUAAAUUUGAAAAUGCGGCUGGUAGAGCAAUGAAAGUGGAAGUGCGACGGGAUCCUGGCAACUUUCUAGAGUUUGAAUUUGUAAUUCCAUCUGGUGACCACAAAUAUAUGUGCUAUGAGGAUCUUCGCAUUGAAUAUAAUCGAGACCGUCCUGUAGAUGUAGUUAUUUACCUUGAAGGUGCUAGGGAAUUGGGUGAAACACAUAUACUACCUGCUGAUAUAAGGGCAAAUGAGAAACUCGAGUUUAACUUCUUGAAUGGUGCUAUCACCAUCACCCGUACUAGGGGACAUUUCAUCUCAAGGCUCGGGUUAAUUAUCAAAUUGAAACAAGUAGCUGAACAGAUUAAGUCGCGGGGGAAGUAGAUUGGACAGAUUCGGAGGAAACAUAAGAAGUUCUAUGAAAAUGAUAUCACAUACACAUACUUGUAUGUUUUUACCUUGUUUGCUCACUUUUCCUUUGGUAUAUGAACUAUAUAUAGAUUUUGGUUUGGCUUGUGUUAAUUGUUAGGGAAGGGUGUGAUUUGUAUGUAGUUGGAGGGUGUUACAAUUUAAAGUUUGGUGGUCCAGAGGGGUGUAGUUUGGGGGUGAAAAGUGUGUUUUCCUUAUUUUUUUGGUGGAGAUGAGGACACUAAAGUUUUCCAUAUUUGUUUGUCUUUUUCUUUUUUGUGUGAUGUCUCAUAUGCAUA